AGGAGACAGGAGACGUUUCUGCGAAGCAUGAUGAAGCUGAUUGAUCGCAACAACACUGCUGCCCUCUUUGUCAACGCCGCGAAAGUCUGGCUCGGAGUCCGACUGGGCUACCUGUCAGCGGUUGUGGUGCUAGUGGCUGCUGUUGGAGCGAUCAGCUUUGCACUUGCAUGUGGCGCCACCGUUCACUGUGCAAGUAUGGUCGGCCUUGCACUCACGUAUGCCAUUGUGAUCUCUGACGUGUUCAACUGGGUUGUUCUGAACGUGGCCGAAACUGAGAUGCAGAUGAGUUCCGUGGAACGCGUUGUUCACUACUGCCAGCUACCUACCGAACCUCAGGCAGGAACAGCAGGAGAGAUUGUUCCUUCUGCCGAUUGGCCGACCACAGGAACUGUUCAAAUUAACAAUGCCUCCAUCAGAUAUGCUGAUACCCUGCCACCUGUCGUCAAGAAUAUAAAUCUUUACAUACUUCCAGGACAGAAGGUGGGUGUGUGUGGACGCACGGGCAGCGGUAAAUCCUCACUGCUGCUCAUGCUGCUGCGGCUGGCAGACGUCUGUGAGGGACACGUGCUCGUGGACGGAGUCGACAUCCGCACGGUGCCGCUAGCCGACCUCAGAUCGCGCGUCAGCAUCAUCCCGCAGGAUCCCUACCUGUUCUCCGGCACCGUCAGGUAA